CCCCCAUCUCGCCCUUACCGGAUCGCUCUCUCGCCGCCAUCCUUCGCAAUGGCGUACGAAUGCUGUCGCUCUUUCGCGACGAAGUACGCCCUUUCCUGCAUGACAACGUACGCCCCUUCCUUCACGGCGGAGUCCACGCGCCGACCAGUCCGUGCUUGCGUCUGCGCGGCUGGCCGAAAGUGCGUCCUCGGAGGCGGUCCGAAACUGUGUCCUGGGGGGCGGUUCGAGACUGCGUUCUCCUUCUCAUAUGGCACUGCGCUCUCCUCCUCAUCUGGCACUGCGCCCUCCUCCUCGUCCGGUACUGCGCUCUCCUCCUCGUCACGACGUGGUCAACAUUGACUCGACUCGGCUGGCACGGCGCCCUCCUCCUCGGCUGGUACUGCGAGCGACCCGACUCGAGGUCGGCAUCGAGCGCUCCUUCUCCUCCUCUAUCACUGCGAGCGACCCGACUCGAGGUCGGCACUGCGCCCUCCUCCUCGUCACGACGAGGUCGACAACGCGGGAUUCGACGGCGGGGUUCGUAGUGCUCGACUCGACGACGAGCACGCUCGCUCACGAGCUCGUCGUCGACUCGAGC